GCGCUCUCAAACCCUAGACCAGCUGCAAUCGUCGAAUUCUAUCCUUAAGUUUCAGGUUUAGAUAAGCACCGUGUUGUUUUGAUGCCCUUUAGUUUGCUGUAAGUGUCGUGUUUCUCCGAAAGGGAAGAUGUUCGGUUCCAUAUUACCCUUGCCAGCUCCUCCUACCGAUGGAAACUUGGGGCCACUUCCGCUCUCGCAGGUCACUGAAGCGAAGACUGAAGAGACUGAGUUGAAUGAGGAGCUGAACAGAGCCAACUCGGUGCCUGCUCCGGUUGCUACGCAUACUAGGACGAUCGGUAUCAUACAUCCUCCUCCGGAUAUCAGAAACAUUGUCGACAAAACCUCCCAAUUUGUGGCAAAGAACGGACCCGACUUUGAGAAGAGGAUUAUAGCUAGUAAUGCCGGAAAUCCAAAGUUCAAGUUUUUGAUUUCCUCAGAUCCGUACCAUGCCUAUUAUCAGCACCGGUUGUCUGAAUUUCGAGCCCAGGUUCAGUCUGGCCAGCAACCUUCGUCGGAGCCUGAUGAUACCGCUGCACCUGAAACUGGCGCGCCAGCUCCAGCUGCUGAUGGUGAAGUGGAAGCAGCUAAGCCUGAUCCAUCUGCCCCGUUUAGACCGGUACGAAAAGUUCUUGAACCACCAGAAGCUGAGCAGUAUACUGUUAGGCUUCCAGAAGGGAUUACUGGCGAAGAAUUGGAUGUUAUUAAGCUUACGGCCCAGUUUGUAGCUCGAAAUGGGAAAUCAUUUUUGAAUGGAUUGUCAAACAGAGAGAACAAUAACCCCCAGUUCCAUUUUCUGAAGCCUACCCAUAGUAUGUUCAUGUUUUUCACUUCCCUGGCUGAUGCAUAUUCAAAGGUCUUGAUGCCUCCAAAAGGUUUGACGGAGAAGCUUAAGAACAGUGUUGCAGACAUGACAACUGUGCUUGAACGCUGUGUGCAUCGGCUGGAGUGGGAGCGAUCUCAAGAGCAGGCAAGGCAGAAGGCUGAAGAUGAGAUAGAACAGGAAAGGAUACAAAUGGCUAUGAUUGAUUGGCAUGAUUUUGUUGUGGUUGAAACAAUAGACUUUGCUGAUGAUGAGGAUGAGGAUUUACCUCCUCCAAUGACCCUUGAGGAGGUUAUUAGAAGAAGCAAGGUUACAGAUAUGGAAGAAGAUAUUAUUGAGCCUGGGAAGGAGGUGGAAAUGGAAAUGGAUGAAGAAGAAAUGCAGCUCGUUGAAGAGGGCAUGAGGCAAUCAAGACUUGAAGAGAACAAUGAGAAGAAGGUAACAGAUGAUCCUGAACCCCCAAUGAGAAUUGUGAAGAACUGGAAGAGACCUGAGGAGAGGAUUCCUGCCGAAAGAGAUCCAACAAAGGUUGUCAUCUCCCCGAUUACUGGGGAGCUUAUCCCUAUCAAUGAGAUGUCUGAACACAUGAGGAUUUCCCUCAUUGAUCCAAAAUACAAAGAGCAAAAAGAAAGGAUGUUUGCUAAGAUUAGGGAGACUACUCUGGCUCAGGAUGAUGAAAUCUCAAGGAACAUUGUGGGCCUUGCACGGACCCGUCCGGAUAUUUUUGGUACUACAGAAGAAGAAGUUUCUAAUGCUGUCAAGGCUGAGAUUGAGAAAAAGAAAGAUGAGCAACCAAAGCAGGUCAUAUGGGACGGUCACACCGGAAGCAUUGGCCGCACAGCGAAUCAGGCCAUGUCACAGAAUAUCAAUGGAGAGGAUCAGAACGAUGUUAACAAUCUUCCUGGUCCAGCAGCGCCUCCUCCAAGACCUGGUGUGCCUUCAAUUCGACCCCUUCCCCCACCACCAGGUCUCGCCUUGAAUCUUCCUCGUGUUCCUCCAAACACAGUCCAGUAUCCUGCUCCAUCUAGUGGUGGCCUCCCAGUACCUCAACUGAGGCCCCCAGUCCAAUAUUCAUCGGUUCGACCACCUGGACCUCCAAUGCCCAUGAGUUCUGGACAGCAGUCACUCAUGGUGAAUCGGCCACCUCCUAUGCAUCCAUCAAUGUCUAUGAAUGCUCCCAGUAAUCCUGUACCACCUCCACCUGGUUCUCAGUUUACACCUAUGCAAGUUCCCAGACCUUAUAUGCAUCAUCCUGUUCCACCACCUACAAUGCAAAUGAUGCCUCCACCACCUAUGCCUCAUGGAAUGAUGCCUCCGCCGCCACCACCUGAGGAAGCUCCUCCUCCGCUCCCAGAAGAACCUGAGCCAAAGCGGCAGAAGCUUGAUGACUCCAUGCUUACUGCAGAAGAUAAGUUUUUAGCGCAGCAUCCGGGGCCUGUUCGUAUCACUGUAUCUGUUCCCAAUGUUGAUGAAGGCAAUCUUAAAGGACAAGUUUUGGAGAUCACAGUGCAGUCUUUAUCUGAAACUGUUGGAAGUCUGAAAGAGAAAAUUUCUGGGGAGAUCCAGCUUCCGGCAAACAAACAGAAAUUGAGUGGAAAACCUGGCUUUCUCAAGGACAAUUUGUCUCUUGCGUAUUACAAUGUUGGAGCAGGAGAAACACUUGCUCUUUCAUUGAGAGAACGUGGUGGUAGAAAGCGGUGAACAGAUACUUUCACAAGGCUGAUUAAGAUCUGGUGUUUCGGCGAGUGUCUAUUGGUGAAAGGGAAGUGUCAGUUCCUUUUGCUUAGCCAGAGCAAGUGAUUUGCUUUUAUAUCUAAUUACUGCUCCUUUUCGUAAUGCAGUUAUUUUCUAUGGAAAGUAUGUGCUCAUAGUUGAAUUAUGAUUUUGAUAUUCCUGGCAGCAUUCUUGGUGUCGGAAGACCUUUAUUUAUUUUGAACUAUUUUCAGUCGCUUCCAAUUUUGUUGCUGAAAGAUUCUCUCGGUGAAUGUUGGUAUUUUGGGUCUUUUUCUUAUUUUGAUUUUCACAUUGUUUUAGCUUAGGUUUUAUAGCACCUUUAGCAAAACACUUGUUCCACAAACGCUUGAUUUCUUAUUCACUUGGUUAUCAUUGAACCAGCCAGUAGCAAUAAGUGGCUGGUAGAGUUGGUAUUUUCUGAUUAUGAUUGUUAACUACAGGAUUGGACUAUGGUCUGUGCAACCAGUUAGAUGUGUGCUCUUUAUGCAUCUAAACCAGCCUAGAUUGGGACACUGGGUUUGAUUACAACACCAUGUUAAAGGAACAAGCAGGAUUUUAUUUCUAAAUUUUCCUUAGGAUUAUUACAGCAGCGCUGCAUAUCUGCUUGAAUUACACCUGAGAUACUUACCAUAGGAAUAGGGAUGCUGGCAGCCCAAUCUGUGUUGUGUGAUUUUUUUCAUUGUUUCAGACCCACUCUUCUUUUUACCUUAUAUUUGUUUACGAUUGUCAGACUUUGUGGAUGAGUCAAGUCUAUUGUUUGUUAUACUCCGUUAAAUGCGGACAGUGACAAUAUAAUUUCUGUGUUUAGGUUCUUUAGUUUAGAAUCUGUCACCCAUCUUACAAGGAAGAUGAUUUGAUCUAUAUUCUGGUGAACAAUUUGCUCAUUUGCAGACAGUGGCAAUAUGAUUCUGUGUUUAGGUCAUAUGUCCUAUUCUAGCCUUCCAUAUAGACAAUCAGCUGUUUUCUUUUAUAAUACUGGUAGUGGACGAUAUUUUCAAAAUACAAAGCACAACCUGCCGGUUCAUAGGUCAAUCACCGUUCAUAUAUCUGCACAAUGUCCAAGUUAUGCUUUCAGUCACACCUGUGGGUUUAUAUUUUCUUGGAUGGUCUACUUGAAUAAGAACCUAAUAGGCACGUCUGAACAUUCCAUCUGGUUGAAUGGUUGAUCAUGGAAGAUUGUGAACUACUGCUGGCUGCUUGUUCAGACACAAAGAUUGAACCGUCUUUGCAGGAGAAAAUGGAUCCUUGCACAUUAUAUAGAAAUAGAAUAU